AUGGAUCCCAUGUCACCAUUCACUGUCACUCCGGUGCUCAGACAAGUGGUUGAACGCCGCAUCGAAGAGUUGGAGUGCGCUAAAGAGAAUUUCGAGCGCCGGUAUCUCUCUCCCGUCGAUCGAACCCAGGAGCCCAGUAUUGUAAAGAGGAUCUCGAGCCUUUUGAAAGAUGUACAGAACCUGGAGCUGCAGCUUACCGAAGACGAUGAGUGGAUGGUGGAUACUAUCAACCGGUGCACCGAACAGGCGCCGGACGACAAGACCUUAUCGAACUUUGUGUCCAUGAAGAAACUCCUGAAGUUUGAGCAAAAUAUGCGAAAACAGAUCGAGAAGCAUUCCAAUCGCCUGGAAGUGUCGCGUUUGCACACACGCCUUCUGAAAGAGGCCCUCACAACGAACAAUCCAAUCAAUUCAGCAGCCAAUGUCGAGCUUGAGAAAUUGGCCCUGGAUGAUGACUUUGAAUUGAUUGGGGACACUGUCACAGAAGUCCACGAAAACAUCGCGAGCAACAUCGCCAGACCAACAGAUGUCAAUCCCGAAGCCAUUACCAAUUAUCUCAGGAGCCUAUUUGAGGGCAACGAGCACGUUGAUUUCCAGGAUGUCCGUGACAUAAUGCAAGUACAUGGUGCCGAACUUCUCGAUAGCGGCAUGUGGAUAAGCGAGGGUGAUUUGAAGUGCGCAAUCACGGAUUUGAUGGGGAAGGAAUUUAUCGACAUUUCAACCAAGGAGAUCCUUAGCCACUACUCCCAGUCGCCAGUUGCGAUGCGUGAGUUAGUUGCCACUAUGAAAAUGAAGAGUUUCAAUGAUUGGGAAUACAAACAUGCCGAGUCAGGGUUGUCGGUCAAGACCUAUCGCAGCGCCGAUGGCCAAAGCCACUUUGUUAAUGAGACAAGGUCUGCGGUUAUUCAUGGACAGCUCGACAAGCUUCUGUCCCCCACCGAUGACGGAAUCUGA